GCAGGUUCAUGGCGCGGGCGGUACCGGCCUCUGCAGGUGACGGAGGAGCAGCGAGGGCCGCCCCGGCGUAGAGUUCCAAAAGAUGAGUCGUGGAUAUUCAGAAAACAACAAUUUCCUAAACAAUAACAACCAAAUGGUGUUGGACAUGAUCCUUUACCCAUUAAUUGGAAUCCACCAGACCAUCAACUGGGAAUCAGUGGCAAGGCUUGUGCCUGGAUUAACACCCAAAGAGUGUGCAAAGAGGUUUGAUGAACUGAAGAACAGUGGAAGCUCACCUGUGGACAACCACUAUAGUCCCCUCAUGGCUACUGGAGAGAGUCCUGUUGAAACUUUAGCCAUGUAUAUCAAAUCCUCGCUUCUUGGCACACAAAGAGAAUUUCAGGAGACUCCAAUUGGUCAGGAUGCAGUUUCUAAAACAGGAAGACAUAAUAUAGCUUCCACAAGGAAUUGUUCUUCAGAAAGUGAAAAUUGUACUACUCAUAAUGAUGGAGAAAAGACUGAAGAAUCUGAGGGGCCAAACAUGGUGAUCCAUGUAUGUGAUGAAGCAAAAAACUUGAAAGAAGAUUUUAUUUGCCCACGAGAUCUUUUGAUAUCAGAAAUGAAGUACUUUGCUGAAUAUUUAUCUGUGGAUGCCCAGCGCUGGGAAGAGGUGGACAUUUCAGUUCAUUGUGACGUUCACAUUUUCAACUGGUUGAUAAAAUAUGUUAAAAGGAACACUAAGGAGAAUAAAGAUUGUGAAAUGCCCACUUUAGAGCCAGGAAAUGUCAUUUCAAUUCUUAUUUCUUCAGAAUUUUUGAAAAUGGAUUCAUUAGUUGAACAAUGUAUUCAGUAUUGCCACAAAAAUAUGAAUGCCAUAGUAGCUACCCCAUGCAACAUGAACUGUAUUAAUGCAAAUCUUCUUACACGUAUAGCUGAUCUAUUCACACACAGUGAAGUUGAUGAUUUAAAGGACAAGAAAGAUAAGUUUAGGAGUAAACUUUUUUGUAAGAAGAUUGAGAGACUAUUUGAUCCUGAGUACUUGAAUCCAGAUUCUCAGAAUAAUGCAGCAACAUUAUACAGGUGCUGUUUGUGUAAGAAACUUUUAACAAAAGAAACAGAAAGAAGAAUUCCUUGUAUACCUGGAAAAAUCAAUGUGGAUCAACACGGAAAUAUUAUCUACAUUCAUAUAAGAGAUAAGACUUGGGAUGUUCAUGAGUAUUUGAAUAGUCUUUCUGAAGAAUUAAAAUCUUGGAGAGAUGUAUAUUGGCGCUUGUGGGGAACAGUCAACUGGCUAACUUGUUCAAGAUGUUAUCAGGCUUUUCUGUGUAUAGAGUUUUCACAUUGUCAAUAUCACUCAGAAACAGUGAUUUAUCCUACUGCAGGAAGUUCGCUAAGUUCUCUUGGCACUGGAAUCUAUCCCUGCUGUAACCAAAAGGUUCUUCGGUUUGACCCCACUCAGCUUUCAAAGGGUUGUAAAGUGAAGGACCACAUGGUUGCUGUUCGUGAUCAAGGUGAAGGUGAAUAUUUGCUGUCCUGCCCAACUGCCAGAAUACUGGAUGAUCUGCAGAAACACAAAGAUGUCAUUCUUGUGCCUUUUGCUAAAGAUACAGUCAGUGAUUCUGGUGGUCCCUGUGAUGAAAAGGGUCUAGACUGUGAUGUUUUACUGGAGCCAAAUACACCAUGGGGCCCCAAGAGUGGGGAGCUCAAUGCUUUCUUAUCACUGAAAAACUGGACACUGCAGCUGAAACAACAGUCAUUAUUUUCAGAAGAAGAAGAAUAUACCACUGGGUCCGAGGUCACUGAAGAUGAAGUUGGAGAUGAAGAAGAAGUAUCCAAGAAACAAAGGAAAAAGGAGAAGCCAAAGAAAUUCACUAAACAACCAAAAAAGCAGAUGUCUUCACCCUGUGGUCAGAAGAAAGAAAAGGCAUUAGAGAAGUCAACUUCUAGAGAUGUAUCUCCUUUCAUUGUGAGUAUGCAGAAGAAUAAGUGGGAUGCCACAAGAUCCUUGAGAUUCAACCAAGAUGCACAAAGAGAAGAUGAUCAACGGCGGAUGUCUGAAAUUACAGGGCACCUAAUAAAGAUGAGAUUGGGUGAUCUGGACCGAGUCAAGUCAAAGGAAGCAAAAGAAUUUGCAGGAGGUAUUUAUUCCAGGAUCGAAGCACAAAUCAAGGCCUCAGUGCCAGUCAAUGCACGGCAAAGCAGCUCGGAGAAAAACACAAGGUCUAAAAGUCGUUUUGGUCAAGGUCGGCCUGCGUAAAGCACCUUAAAAUAUAACUAAGAAGACAGAAGACUCACCUCUGGCCAUCUGAAAUUGUUCAUCACUUCUUGAAGGUCUUCAGAACGAUGACUUAUAAAUGUUUUAAGUUAUUUAUUAAUUAUUCUUGCAAGCCACAUAAAUCGUAGUGCUAAGAUAAAUAUAUAGUUAGGUCUUAUGAAAUCUAAUUGUAAAUAUGAAACUUCUUAAAUCUAAUUUUCCUUUGGUGUGAUGCUAGGCUAUGUAGAAAAUUAGUAUUUACAAAUUUGCAUAGUUAAGUCUCCUAGUAUUUGUUAUCCUUUAUUUAUUUGAAAGAGAAGAGGUCUAAACUCUCAAGUAGCUAAGAGUUUUUUAAGACCUUAAAAAUUAGGGGAACACAACUGCUAGUGGUAUGGUACAUGUGCACUAAUUAUAGUAUGUCUUUUGGGCUGUAAAUCUUGGGAUAGCACUGAGAACUGCAAUUUGUGUGAUGAAAUUUCCAGUGAUGCUAAUUUUAAGUUUGCAUGACUAUUAAGGAGUUACAGAUUUCAAGACUGCAUUAAAUAAAUUUUCAAGAUGAAGUAGUUCCUGUGUUGGGCAGAAGCCUUAAUUUUUUUCAGCAUUAUUCCAUAGAAAGCACAAUGUUAAUCCAACUUUUUUUUUUUAGUUGUGUUUUUUUAUUGUUGGUUUGGUUUUUUUUUUAGUUUUUAGUACUUAUUAUUGGUCAUCUGAGCUGGAAUUACUGAUUAUUACCUCUUUCUUCUGUGAAGCUAGUGCCAUUCUGAAUUUGUUAAAAUAACCAUUGAUAAUUUUAAGGCUAGUAAAUCAUUUCAGUUGUAUGAGACACCCACUGUACAGUUCUCAGGGCACUAAAACUCAACCAUAUUUCUAUAGCCAUUCGAAUAGCCCCUUAAAACAGUUAUAAUUAGUUAUUACU